GCCAGUCAGGCUGCCCGGCAUUCUUUCUGCGUGCAUGUGUGUGUGUGUUUGUUUGCAUGUGGCUGCAGCCCACUCUGUGCUCUUUGACUCCACUGGCCUUAUAAGGCAUCCAGCGCCAUGGCAACAGCAGGGCUUGAAUAGCAGUGUCAAAUCCCUCAGCCCACAGACGCACGCUCACUCUCCCUAAAGGAGGGAGCGAAGCAGAGAAAGAGGAGGCGAUCUGUGGGCUGAUCUCCGCUGCAGCGUCUGGCUUUCACUACAAGCUCUGUGACUGUGUGUUUUUUUUCUGUGCUUGUUUGCCUAAUUUAUUCCUGCCCAGGCCAGCAAAGGAAAAAGGAGGAGAAAAAAAGGACGAGCAGCAGAGUAAAACAGUAGACCCUGACUCACUGACAGGGAAUGCUCCUGGCCUCUGGAUGUGGUGGACAGGCUCUGACAAAACAAGACGUGGAACGACUUUAUGACGCUUUGAAAGAGGAGAGGCGACCGUGGCGAAGGAGAUUUCCCAACCCUGCUUUAGUUUUCGGCUUGUUUUUCUCCGUGACAUUUGAUCCCCUGACCUCGGUGGCUUUGAACGAGUUGGAGGGACCACAAGACUUUAAUCUCUAGCAGGAAGAGGACGUCUCUGGAAAACUUUGUCACUGAAGACCUUCUUCCUUUGAGAAAAGGCAGGUAUUGAAGCGCUGAAAUCUUUUCCUCCAAACAUAAGCAGCUCAUUUUUUAUUUUUUAAAGACUUUGAGGGUUUCGUUUUCCUCCUUAUUCCAAGUGAGUCCGGACCAGAACUGUGUUAGAUCAACAGAUAGCACCUCAGCACGGCAGGAACUGGUUGGACUAGUUUAAAAGUUGGAGGAGAGGGCAGGGCAGUUUAACCCUGCCUGAAGGAGAGCUGUGUUUUCUUUUUCCUCUCACCCGCCUGUCCUUCUGGGAAAAAGUAGCAGCUGAAAAAGAGAGACGAACGGCGCCUUUUUCCAUCCGAAGAGCCAUGGUUUUUAUGUCCGCGCACCAUGCUGAGGGAUAGGUGAGGCUUUUUUUUUUCUCCUUUCAUCUGGUUAGACUGAGAAAGAAAGAAAGCGAAAGGAAGGAAAAAAAGGAGUACAAGGAGUCAAAGUGUAAUUUAUUGUUUCCUGUGAAAAGAAGCAGGGCUGCACCCUUUUCCUCCGGCCUGAACUCUGAACCGCUCGAUGUGUGGCUGAAGUUUUCUCAGAGCUCGGGAACCAUUGAUCAGAGGUCAGGGCAAAGAACAGAGGGGCGAAACUAGAACAGAGAGAGCAGCAGGAUUAAAGACGAGAAGGGAAAGCACUCGGGGAAGGACCUUCGGGUCAACCCAACCAGACAGCAAAGAGGUGAAAGGUCAACACCAGUGACAACGUUUUGCUCCACUUCUAAAGAGUUUGACUAAAACAAAAGUGCUUUGGUGAAAAACUUGGACUGAGGAGAAGCCGGUGGGACGGGGCAGGUCUGUGUAUGAUCCACCCAGAGGGCUGUGUGUCUCGGAGAAUAUGGCCAUGGUGAGCGGGGGAUGGGGUAACCCCAACGGGGACACUAAUGGACUGGGGGAGAAGGCUUACCUGAGGAGGGAGGAGGAGGACGGGUCACCUCAGGCGGGGAGCAGCGACGUGGAUGUGGCGGACGAAGACAAGGGCUGCGUGGUGGACUGCGUGGUGUGCGGGGACAAGUCCAGCGGGAAGCACUACGGCGUGUUCACCUGCGAGGGCUGCAAGAGCUUCUUCAAGAGGAGCAUCCGGAGAAACCUCAGCUACUCCUGCAGAUCAAACAGAGAUUGCCAGAUAGACCAGCAUCACCGCAACCAGUGCCAGUACUGCCGACUGAAGAAGUGUUUUCGAGUCGGGAUGCGGAAAGAAGCGGUCCAGCGGGGUCGCAUCCCUCCGUCUCACUCAGGAAUCAGUCCCAACUCCCUGUCUGGGGGGGUCGGAGGCACCGGUCCGAGCCACAUGGGGGCGGACUACUUCAACGGGCAGCAGGUGUCGGAGCUCAUCUCUCAGCUGCUGCGGGCUGAGCCGUACCCCAGCAGCCGCUACGGGGCCCCGUACGCUCAAGCACAGAUGCAGGCAUCUGCGAGCGGCUCCUCCGUCAUGGGCAUCGACAGCAUCUGCGAGCUGGCUGCCCGCCUCCUCUUCAGCACCAUAGAGUGGGCCAGAAACAUCCCAUACUUCCCAGAACUCCCCGUGUCAGAGCAGGUGGCGCUGCUGAGACUCAGCUGGAGUGAGCUGUUCAUCCUGAACGCAGCUCAGUCCGCCCUGCCUCUGCACAUGGCUCCUCUGCUGGCGGCGGCUGGCUUCCACUCUUCUCCCAUGUCUGCCGAGCGCGUCGUGUCCUUCAUGGACCAGGUCAGGGUUUUCCAGGACCAGGUGGACAAGCUGAACAGGCUGCAGGUGGACUCGGCCGAGUACAGCUGUCUUAAGGCCAUUGCGCUCUUCUCCCCUGAUGCAUGUGGCCUGACAGACCCCGCCCACAUAGAGUCCCUGCAGGAGAAGGCCCAGGUGGCCCUGACCGAGUACGAGCGCUUGCAGUAUCCCAGCCAGCCUCAGCGCUUCGGCCGCCUGCUGCUGCGCCUCCCGGCCCUGCGCGCCGUGCCGGCUAACCUCAUCUCCCAGCUCUUCUUUAUGAGGCUGGUCGGCAAAACCCCAAUCGAGACGCUGAUCCGAGACAUGCAGUUAUCAGGGAGCUCCAUCAGCUGGCCCUACGCUCCAGGACAGUGAGCCCGCCGGGCUGCUGAGAGAGACAGACUGAGAUCAGAUUGGGAGCGAUAAGAGCUCACAAAGAUUUCAGCGAAGAACAAAGUGAAUGUCAUGAGCACAGACUGUGGUUUCAGUGAUUUAAAAGCCUCUUUAGGGUCACCUUUUUUUUUCACAUUUAUCUCUGUAAAGUUUGGUUGGAAAGACACCAAAGACGCUUUCAGGGAAACACAGUGUUUGAUUGUUUCCACACAUAUUUAUACUGCAGCACUUGUCCAUCUUGCUCUUUACCUCUGGUGAUCUUUGUCUCACUCCAAGUGGGCGGGGCUUUCAUGAAAAUGCAGACUUUCACAUGAGGACAUGUGCCUCUUCUACCUCCUCUCAUAUGACCCCUAAUGUGACUCCGUGUGAACCCGGGCUCUGUGUGCGAGUGUGUGUGUGUUGUCUCUCCUUUGCUGUGUUGUCAAACUGCCGGGGCGGAUCUUUCCAAGAACACAGAUCAGAUCGUGCAGAAAGUUUUCUGGGUCUUAAACCUGUGUGGGCCAAACGAACAGAUUCUGUUACACAUCAUAUUGGUGAGUUCAACACACCGCUUCUUACAAAAAAUAAACAAAAGUGCAUUUUGUUAUGUAGAUAUAUAUAUUUUGGACGUUGUUAAAGGUUUGUAUUUCUCAAACGCAGAGCUGUCCUUUCUGUUCGGUACACGCAGCAACCCGUGAACUUAAAGCACCCUGGUGGUUUGGACAGUCACAUCCCUGUCUUAUAUUAUUACCUCAACGUUUUACACAACCAAGACAGAGAUUGUAUGGUAAAACGCUCAAACAGAAAUAAGGGAUCAAGUGAGGCAAAAAACUAUUUUCCUGAAAGCUCCUUUUUAUUUUCCGCCAAAAUGUUUUAACUUGACACCAAAUGCUUGAAUUUAAACAUUUUUUUUCCUGUUCAGUCAUUUUUGAUUUAUUUCUAUCUUUUUUUCCCCCUCUUUUAAAAGCAUGAUGGGCAGAAGUCAGAUAAUUACUACGUGAUCAUGCAAAGUACUCUUGUUGUUGAGAUGUGAACAUUUCGGUAUGUCUUGAUAUAAUUGGUACUUAGAGCUUUGUGACUAUUGGUGCCAUGAACUGCUGCUCCAAAGUGUGAACGAAUUCAGUGUCUUGCCAAAACUGACUGAAAGAAGAGGAAAGUGUAAUAAACAAACAAACAAAAAAAACA